AUGAGCAACACUGCGAAAGAGACGACGACGACCGGCAAUAAUAGUAACAAAGAGAAGAAAGAAGAGAAAGGUAAAACGAUGGAAAUGGUGAAAUCAAAAGCGAACAAGAUUAUUGACGACGACGACGAUAAAGAAGAAGAGGAUGACCUCCCGAAACCUCCGCAAUUGAAACCGAAAAUGUUCAUCGCCCCGAUCGUCCUCAUGGGAAGCAAACGCUUAGGCAUCGAUUGGAACGACGAAGAGACCAAGACGAAAAUCCGGAUGGCGUUUACAAUUUCCGUGACAUUAUGUUACGUAGUCAUCUUCUACAUGUACAAGCAAGUGAAAAGGAAGGAGAAAAAAUUGAGCGAAGAUACCGUGGAGGUUACGGCGAAGGACCCGUACAACAACGGCGAGGAGAAGAAGGAGACGUUGACGUAUUUCGAACACGAUUUGAGAGAGGUGAAGAAAGCGGGGACGAGCCAGGCGUUCGGGUUUUUGAUGACGUCGGUGUUGCAUUUUUAUUUCAAGUUGAAUCCGCCUAUCGUGUUGCAAUCGAUCAUGUUGCCGCUGAACAUGAUGGAGACGCCGGCGUUUCAAGUGCACGUGCUCGGAAAAGACGGGAGUUCGAAUAAAAAGUUGCAAAGGCCGUGGAUGCCGGAGGAGAAACCGAACCCGUUCGCGGAUUUGGCGAAAGUGAUGAGUCCGCCUCCUGCGGAAAAGAAGAAGUCGGAGAAGGAGGCGAAGAAGAACGGGGAGAAGGAGGACGCAAAGAGGAAAUAA